AUGGAGAAGCGGUCUUAUAGAAGGUCGGACGUGAAAAAGUCCAGGAGACCGCUGAUUGUUGCCACUCCCAUUGUUCGUAUCGAGACAGCCAGCAACACCAGAUUCGUGUCGACCGCACACCGCUUCAUAGGUUGCCUCUUCUAUCGUGUGCACAGGCGAGAGCCAGAAGUGACUGUCUCCAACAUGUUCCGAUAUGCGAGCAGAAUCGGCGACGCUUCUCCACAUUUGGGAGAAUGUCGACGUCGAUCAUCGUUUCCGUCCCUACCACGCCAACUACGACCUCCAAAGCCAUGGCAUAACAUGCCACCCAAGGGAUCGGCCCGAGGCCGCACGCAGCAACGCGACGCUGAAAAGGAGCCAGAAACACCGUUCCAUCCCGCCGCCGAUGCCGCCACCUUUCGCGACCUGCUCAUCUUCGAGGAGCGCCUCAAGCAGAAUGCGGCGCGACUCCAGGCGCGAAAGCGCAAGUACGAGAUGCUGCUGUUCGGCUUCGUAAGCUUCAUUCUGUGCUUGUCGCACCUGGUGGUCAUCUCUCCACGCACGUCAGUGUUUCUGCAGUACAGCCUCGCAGCUGUGCUCAUGAUCUGCCUCACCACGCUGUUUUUGUUCUUUGCAAGUGGCAUGCACGCCGAACGCAUCCGCUCGGCCAACAAGUUUGUCCCGCAAGCGAAUCGAAGCUUGCGCAACUUCAACAUGUACCUCAACACUCGUGCCAAUCGCAUCGCGUCGACUGGCACCUCGACGUCGUCCAUACCACCUGCGCAAAACACCAGGGGCGAGCUCAUCUUCAGCAGCAGGGUCAGCCCAGAGUUUCGAGAGGGCUACGAAAAGUAUAGAGCCGCCUUCGAACGACGUCGAGCAGAAAAGAUUGCAGCAAAAAGGGCGCAGUCGUGGAAGCGUUGGUUCGACUUUGCGUUGGGCAAGUCGAGCGACGCAGCUACCAAGUCUGCAUCUUCCGUCACACGCCACUCCGUCGAUUCGCGGCCAAGGAAAAUUCCGCGGUGUGGCCGUCUGUGCGCGUUUCUGAGCUUAAUUGGCGUUUUGAAGGUGGAGGAGCAGCUGCACCGCAUUGCAACUCGCCAUUCACUCUUUAUCCUCUUCCUCCUUCUUGCCUUCCGACCAUCUUCCUACAACGUCCGCUUCACCAUGGAGACCACCUGGGCCCCACUUGUCCCAACAUCAAAGGGCUCAGGGAGGAUCAACACCUCUGCAGACACUGCCGCCACCACAACAACAGCAUCAGCCUCGAACCAUGUCAACGAUGUCUCCCUAGAUCCCUUCUCAAUAGGAUCUCUGCCGUCCACCGUCGUCCAGCGCAUCCUCAGCUUCGUUCCAGUGGCCUACCUUCCCAGCUGCGCGCUAGCUGCUAGACCUUUGGCUCGCUUUGUAGCCGAUGAAAGGCUAUGGGCACAAAAACUCGCUCUCCUCCAGUAUAAGCAAGUCCCUGGGCGGCACCUUCGCUACAAUCCGGAUCUCUCAACAGUCCCAGCCACAUCACGGGCAAGCAAAGAUGAGUCCCGCUCGAAUCGCAAAAGCAGUGCCAGCUCGUCCGCAGCCAGACCAGAUGCGGGCAAGCUGCCCAAAUCCCUCGACGCCGAUUCCACCUUGGCCGCCAACGACGACGACUUUGGUGAUUUCGAAGCGGCCACCAUCACUUCUCCAGAUGACGACAACUUUGGCAACUUCGUCUCCACAAAGCCCAGCUCGUCUGGCCACAGCUUCUCUUCCGCUCCCGUCUUUUCAUAUCGUGCCGAGUCGAAGCUUCCCAUGCCGAGCACCGACGCCGACUCAGCAUAUCAGACCUUCAAGCGCAUAGCCACCUUCCUCAAACCUUUCGUUCAAAGCCUCCUCUUCGAGACCUCGCCCACCGCCUCGCUCGUCUUUACAGAUCCGGGCCUUUCGUCGCUCUCAUCUCAGGCACAGUUGAUCUGCAAUGUGGCCCGCUUCACAGGGCCGCUCGUCCUCGGUUCCUUUGCCAGGGCCGCUCCGGCAGCGUCCGCACAACGAGACUCUUCCUCGGACGACUUUGACCAAGACCAGUGGCGCCUGCGCAUGUCUAUCAGCCAAGCGGCUGACUAUCUCGAAGGUGUCCUCCUGUCAGCUUUCGAGGGAGCCGAUGCGAGACGCGCCGAUGCGUUGCGUGCUGGCCAAAGAGGCAUGGACGUCGCCAAAGCCGUCGAGCGCGCCGAGAGCGACAUGCACGAGCAUGCUGCCCUGAUAUGGAACCUCGCCAUAUCCACAGCAGCACCCUCAGCCCAGUCGGACUUCCAUCUCGCGAAUUCGGUGGCAGCCGAUGGUGAGACCACCAACUUUCUGGCUCUGCUUGAACGUCCCGGUCAUGCCGCCGCCCUCAGCUUUCUCGAGAAACGCGAUUCGCUCUUCAAGAGCUCCACGCAUCGACCCGAAGCCAACUUUGCUUCCACAUCGACCAACACACGUCCUGCACUCGACUUCACCGCCAUGGAUGCUUUCAUGGCAGAAGUGCUCGCCAACCUGCAAACCGACGGCUCGCUGGUUGCGCGCGUCUUUCCCCCAGAGCAGCAGGUCCUGCUCGCAUUCGCAAGUCGCGUCACCAACGAGGUCGUGGGAGAGUACAUCAACGGCGUCCUCACAAAAGCGAGAUCGAUCGAUCUUCACAUUUAUCUGCAAGCAGCAGCGGCGACGUUCUCGCAGGCGCUCAAGGUGGCCGACACGGUGGAAAAGGUCGAACCGCGGCAUCCGGACUCUGUGACGCCGGCACGCUGCCGCGCUAUCGUACUGUCCAUGUUCGAGGCGCAUCUCGACGAGUACCUUCAGGAAGAGCGAGAUUGGGUGCGCAACGUCAUGGUGGAGAUCUGUAACGACAGUCAAGGCGCAAGCGGAUCGGCGGGUAGAGCUGGUGGCGGCGUCAAGCAGGGCAAGACCAUGGACACGGCUUUCUUGGCCAGCAGCAAUCCAGCACAGGUCAAGCGCAACGUCCUCAGCGGGUUCAAGGAUGUGCUGUUGAUGCCGGUCACUGUGGUACCGCGUGCAGCAGGGGCAGUGGGAGGCGCUGUUAUUCGCACGGCGGGCACGGGCUUGAGCCAGCUCAACCCCCUCAAGUGGCAGCAGAGCUCGGCGACGGGUGCACGCAAUGCCAGCGGUUCCAAUUCGGCCAUCGCCACACCUCAACGGUCCAGCACUCCAGCAGUCGGAGGGGCCGUUCCAGCAGCAAAUAAUGGAUACGUCGAUUUCAGCAAAGAGGUACUCGGCGGUCCUGAAGGUCAUGUUAUCGGUAGUGACGACGAGAGCGACGACGAAGGGCAUGGAGCGGUUGGCUCGGCUACCGAGAAAUUUGACGACUUUGGCGGCUUCGCUGACACGAGCAUUCAGAACGAAUGGAACGAAAAGAGCGCCAGCCUCGCCACCAAACCAACUUGGAACGACUCGAGCACCGAUACAAGCAUGGACGCCGGAGCCUGGGAUGCGAGCGUGAAGACGAAUGCCAGCACGAACGGUUCCAAACCUGCAGCAGCAGCAGCAAUUACAACGACGACGACAAACGAGUCUGCGGUGGCUUCGACAGAACAGCCGAAGACAGCUCCACUCAGUAACGGAUUCGAACGACUUCAACUGCUGCUCUCGCUCGACACGGCUCUGUCGCUGAUCCAAGUUCAUCGCGAAUCGCUCAAGAGGAUGGAAGCAUUCAUGGUGUAUCCGCCCACCACGCUGCACGGACGACGAGUUAAGGAUGAAAUGGAAGAAGUGUGCCUCUCCCUAUUUCAAGUGCUCGGAGAGCAGCACAUCGCACCUGGGUUCGACCAAGCCACGCAGGAGAUCAAGCAGUGGAAUCCUCUCUCUGACAGCGAUGACGACACCAGCGCCGAGAAAUCCCAGUCGACUUCAGCACAAGUCUUGCCGCUGGUUCAAUUCUUCGAACUGACGCACAUCGCCGAUACCAUCUCGCAGCUGUGUUCGGUGUACUUUUCGCAAACACUCGUGCCUGUUGUACGGUUGGACGUCGACGAUUUCCUCAACUCGGUGGUUCGAGCCAAGAAGUCAUUUGAGGCGAAUCUGGACGAAUCGGUUGCAUCGGGUCUUUCGGUGUCGGUGGACUUGUUGAUGAAGCGGGCCGAGUGGGUGUUGUUCUCGCAACGCGAUCCGAUGGACUAUGCUGGUUCGAGCAUUGUCGAUCUCGGUUCGGCGACGCUGGCGACCCGAUCGACACUCUCGGUGCUCGCGUACCACUGCUCUCUGCUCGUCGGAGCCACGGACCGCGAGAUCCUGGAUCUGUUCUACACCGAAGUCGCAUCUCGCCUGUUCCACAUCCUGACGAAACACCUCAAGUCGCUGACGAUCAGCCAGGUCGGUGGGUUCCAGUUGAUCUCGGAUCUCAACCACAUCGCCAGCUUCAUCGCUGGCCUCAAGAUCAAAGACCAAGACCUGUCGAAGCUGUACAACUCGCUCAAAACGCUCGCCAACUACUACAUCGUCGACGGCAAGGAGCUCAUCUCGCUACUGAAAAAAGAUUCGGGCACCAGCGGUGGUGUGGCGAGACAGCAGAGGGAGGACGGAUUCGUGUUUGGGCAGGAGGAGCUGUACGAGUUUCUCAAGAGUAGGCAGGAUUUCAGGGUGAUCGAGAAGCAGGUCGAUCACGAGAUUUUCGGGUUCAAGUUGAGCGAGGACUGCGUUGUCUGCUGA